AUGUCUGACGCCGACAUUGAAGCCGUUCGACGGCUCCAGGCCGAGCGCAAUGCUGCUUCCGCUAGCAAGAAAGGUUCUAAGACCUUUGAUUCGUCUAGUCAGCGCGCUGACAAUUCGACCAAGGCUUCCCUUACCGAGUCCUUCGAUACCACCCUUUACGAACGUGAUGGAGCGGAUAGGUUCACCGGUUACGACACAUCUAUCGCUGUGAACGGCGAUGAUGAGGAGAUGGAAGAUGUAAAUGGCGGUCAUAAUUUGGUCGGCCAGUACACUGCUACAAGAAAUCAAAUUGACGAGAUGGCGCAUGGAAAUGGUCUUGAAGAGGAGGACAUGUUGCUAGGUCGUGAAAAGGCUGCGCGCAUAGCUGAUCGGGAAACUGAUUAUCAAAAGCGUCGAUUCAACCGAGGAGCCUUGACACCAACACGCGCCGAUCCUUUCGCUGCCAACGCGAACGCCGAAGGCGAUGGCGAUGGCGAUGGCCAGACUUACCGCGAGGUCAUGGCUCUUCGUGAACUUGAAAAAGAAGAAGAGCGUGUUCAGAAACUUAUUGCUGAGCAGCGCGAGCGUGGCGAAGAUGUUACCGAGCACCAGGCGUCUCUGAAGAUGGAAGUCGACCAGGAGAAUGCCGAGGAUGGUGCAACUGUCGAGGCCGCCAGCAGAAAACGCAAGAAGCGCUGGGACGUAGCGACAGAAUCCAACGAGGAGGUAAAAACCGAGACAACUUCGGAGUCGAGGGCCAAAAGAUCUCGAUGGGAUGAAACGCCGGCCCCCGGUGGCCCAGAGGACGCGCCUAAACGCCGUUCACGAUGGGACCAAGCCCCUUCUCUCACUGCUGCGACCCCUGUCGGUAACCAAGGCCUUGCCACCCCUAUGCACCCAUCUCAAGGUGGAGGGGCAGCUCCCGGUUUUGGAACCGAUAUCUCUGGUAGAAACAGCGAUUGGUCGGAUGAAGAACUCGACAUGAUGCUGCCCACGGAGGGAUACAAGAUUUUGGAUCCUCCUCCAGGAUAUGAGCCUAUCAGAAACCCCGCCCGCAAAAUGAUGGCUACUCCCGCGCCUACGGGCGGCACUGUCGGUGGCUUCAUGAUGCAAGAGCCUGAGAAUAUUCGUUCUAUGGGGAAGGAACUUCCGACUGAUAUCCCCGGCGUGGGUGACUUGCAGUUCUUUAAACCAGAAGAUAUGGCUUACUUUGGCAAAUUAAUGGAGGCCGGAGAUGAAACUUCCAUGAGCGUGGAUGACCUGAAGGAGCGAAAGAUCAUGCGAUUGUUGCUGAAGGUCAAGAACGGCACACCACCUAUGCGUAAGACUGCUUUACGUCAACUCACAGAUAACGCGCGAAACUUUGGAGCGGGCCCAUUAUUCAACCAAAUCCUUCCGUUGCUUAUGGAAAAGUCAUUAGAAGAUCAAGAACGGCACUUGCUGGUCAAGGUCAUCGACCGAGUACUCUACAAGCUGGACGACUUAGUUCGUCCUUUUGUCCAUAAGAUUCUCGUUGUUAUUGAGCCACUGCUCAUUGAUCAGGAUUACUAUGCUCGUGUUGAAGGUCGGGAGAUUAUUUCCAACCUUGCCAAGGCUGCAGGUCUCGCUACUAUGAUCAGUGUUAUGCGUCCGGAUAUCGACCACGUUGAUGAGUAUGUACGAAACACCACAGCACGUGCAUUCGCCGUCGUGGCCUCCGCACUCGGUAUUCCCGCCCUCCUCCCAUUCCUCCGCGCUGUUUGUCGCAGCAAGAAGUCCUGGCAGGCCAGGCACACUGGUGUUAAGAUUGUUCAACAGAUCCCCAUUCUCAUGGGCUGUGCCAUCCUACCGCAUCUGAAGGGUUUAGUCGAGUGUAUCUCAGACAACCUCAGCGACGAACAAGCCAAGGUCAGAACCGUCACAGCAUUGGCUGUGGCUGCAUUGGCCGAGGCUGCUAAUCCUUAUGGUAUCGAAAGUUUCGAUGAGAUCCUCAACCCUCUCUGGACUGGUGCGCGCAAGCAGCGUGGUAAGGGCCUUGCGGCUUUCUUGAAGGCCGUUGGAUAUAUCAUUCCGCUCAUGGAUGAAGAAUAUGCCAACUACUACACUACUCAGAUCAUGGAAAUUCUACUCCGUGAAUUCUCUUCUCCAGAUGAGGAAAUGAAGAAGGUGGUUCUGAAGGUGGUGUCUCAGUGCUCUAGCACUGAGGGUGUCACCGCUGGCUACCUGAAAGAGCAUGUCUUGACCGACUUCUUCAAGAGUUUCUGGGUGAGACGUAUGGCUCUUGAUCGGAGGAAUUACCGCCAGGUGGUAGACACCACUGUUGACCUGGGUCAAAAGGUCGGUGUUGGCGAGAUCCUGGAGCGUGUCGUCAACAAUCUCAAGGAUGAGAGCGAACCGUACCGCAAGAUGACCGUGGAGACUGUUGAAAAGUUGAUCGCCUCCUUGGGCGCAGCGGAUGUUUCAGAGCGGUUAGAAGAGAGACUCAUCGAUGGUGUGCUGCACGCAUUCCAGGAGCAAAGCAUUGAAGACAUUAUCAUUUUGAACGGAUUUGGCACUGUCGUCAACGCUCUCGGCACUCGUUGCAAGCCUUAUCUCCCCCAGAUUGUCAGUACCAUUCUCUGGCGACUAAACAACAAAUCUGCAACCGUCCGACAGCAAGCGGCAGAUCUUAUCUCGCGUAUCGCGAUGGUUAUGAAGCAAUGUGGUGAAGACGCUCUUAUGGGCAAGCUCGGUAUUGUGCUUUACGAGUACCUUGGUGAAGAAUACCCUGAGGUUCUGGGUUCAAUCUUGGGUGCCUUGCGAUCAAUUGUAACAGUGGUCGGUAUUAACCAGAUGCAACCUCCUAUCCGGGACCUGCUCCCCCGCUUGACACCCAUUCUUCGCAAUCGACACGAGAAGGUGCAGGAAAAUACCAUUGACCUGGUUGGCCGUAUUGCCGAUCGUGGUCCUGAAUCCGUGAAUGCCCGUGAAUGGAUGCGUAUUUGUUUCGAACUCCUUGAUAUGCUCAAGGCCCACAAGAAGGGAAUCCGACGUGCGGCCAACAACACCUUUGGUUUCAUCGCAAAGGCCAUUGGUCCCCAGGAUGUGUUGGCAACCCUGUUGAACAAUCUUCGAGUGCAGGAGCGUCAAUCCCGUGUUUGCACAGCUGUCGCGAUUGGUAUCGUUGCCGAGACUUGUGCUCCUUUCACUGUUCUUCCAGCUUUGAUGAACGAAUACCGCGUUCCCGAACUGAAUGUGCAGAAUGGCGUUCUCAAGGCCAUGUCGUUCUUAUUUGAGUACAUCGGUGAAAUGGCUAAGGACUAUGUCUAUGCCGUCACACCUCUUCUUGAAGAUGCGCUUAUUGAUCGGGAUCAAGUCCAUCGACAAACCGCCGCCAGCGUGGUCAAGCAUAUUGCCCUAGGCGUUGUUGGCCUUGGGUGUGAGGACGCGAUGGUUCAUCUACUUAACCUCGUAUUCCCCAAUAUUUUCGAAACUAGUCCCCACGUCAUUGACCGAAUAAUCGAAGCCAUUGAUGCCAUCCGCAUGGCUGUCGGAACAGGAACGGUCAUGAACUACGUCUGGGCUGGACUGUUCCACCCAGCUCGCAAAGUACGAAUUCCGUACUGGCGACUGUAUAAUGAUGCAUAUGUGCAGGGUGCCGAUGCGAUGGUCCCAUACUACCCCAACGUGGAGGACGAUGGUAUGGAUCGACCGGAGCUGUCUAUUAUCGUCUAG